GAAUGGUGUGAUGGAACGCUCAGAAGAAAAUGUGAUGGGGCCUCCAAUUGCCUCUUCUACGCGGUGGCCCGCAGCAGAGGGAAGGGAAUUCGCAAAAACAAGACGGUCUAUACACAAAACAAAUUAAUGAUUUUCCUGUUUUGCAAGCUUUCCUCCAAACAGUAUAAAAAGGAUUUGAUCCGACUUGUAUCGGGGCACCCCAUGCUCUGGCAGACCAAUGACCCAUUCUAUAAUAAUAGAAGAAAGAUUGCCGGAGCAUGGGGGGAAAUAGCCAGACAUCUGGCGACCACCGUGGCCAGAUGCCAGAAAGUUUGGCACCAGCUCCGGUACAAGUACCGAGCAAUAAGGAUACGUGAGCUGGCAGCGGUCAAUAAGACAGGAUAUCCUCCUUCGCCUCCUAAGUGGCAUUGCUAUAGGCCAAUGAGCUUUCUGCAGGAAACAGUUGAUGAGUCGCUGAGAGCGAAUGGUGUGAUAGAACGCUCAGAAGAAAAUGUGAUGGGGCCUCCAAUUGCCUCUUCUGCGCGGUGGCCCGCAGCAGAGGGAAGGGAAUUCGCAAAAACAAGACGGUCUAUACACAAAACAAAUUAAUGAUUUUCCUGUUUUGCAAGCUUUCCUCUAAAAAUGAAAAACGGAAACUUAUUCAACUUGUAUCGGGGCACCUCAUGCUCUGGUAGACCAAUCACAACUUCUAUAAUAAUAGAAAACAGACUGCCGGAGCAUGGGGGGAAAUAGCCAGGCAUCUGGCGACCACCGUGGCCAGAUGCCAGAAAGUUUGGCACCAGCUCCGGUACAAGUACCGAGCAAUAAGGAUACGUGAGCUG